AUGAGUCUCUGGGACGAAGCACGGGACGUAUUCGUGCAACGACUGCGUGAGGAAGGCGAAGACCGGCUGCUUAUUGAACAAUUCUUGAAGGACAAGGCAACCUUAGAGGAAACGCGGCAGAGCGCCGUGAAUCUCCGCGAUGAUAGUGAUAGGAAGUAUGGCAUCAACGAGAGCCGCGGCAAAGGUAUCUCUGCCAAGUGGAUUCGUCGAAUCAUGGAAAAUCUUGAUAAAUUCACCAAGUUCGGCAACGUCGCCAUGUCAGCUGCACCCGAGUCGGUCGGGCUUGCAUGGUUUGCCAUCACCCAGAUACUAAGCGCCGUACAGAAUGACUACAAGCUCUACGGCACGUUCAACGCCGCCCUAAACGAUAUUACGGAGAUGAUGGUGCUCGUACGCACCUACGACAAGAUCUACCAUACCGUGGAAGUCGACAGCAGCAUUUACCACGAACUCUCCAAGGGUAUCCGAGAGGUCUAUAUCUCCAUCCUAGACUUCUCAUAUGCGGUCAAGAAACAUAUUACGGGAAGCAAGCGGUCGAAGCUGAUGCAUGCGCUAAAGGACACAAUGGGAGCCCUGAACCGACAAUUUGAGGAGAAGACCGCAGCGAUCCAAGCCCAGAAGGCCAAAAUUAUCGAGUACUCGGAGGCAGCGUUCCAGGAAAAGACUACGGACAAGCUGGGUGACGUUUCGGGCGAGCUGGCCGGGAUGCAGCAGACUAUGCGCGAGGUGUACGAAUUCCACCAGAAGUCGUCGAGCGAAUGGAAGGAGAUCUUGAACGAACUCAAGAUCUCAAAAGCACCCAGUCACCGGGACUUGGCCGUUAUGGAGUACGAGAAAAACUUGAAGCUCUUAACGCCGUGGCUAGUUGCUAGCACCGCAACCAUGGCUGCACAUGCGGAAGAGCAUGAGAUGGGAACAUGUUCCUGGAUCGACGAGGUCCCAGCCUACACUGCAUGGCGCGACAGUGACACAAGCGCAUUGCUCUGCGUCACUGGCGAAGCGGGUUCUGGCAAAUCCGUGCUGGGCACCUUCAUCUACGAGACUCUGCGCGACAAGGCGGGCGAAGAUGGCCGAUUUUUAAUUCAAUAUGCAUCGCUGAACGCCAGGUCCAGCGACGACGGGAGCGACACACUCAAAAGAUUCGAGAACACUCUUCUGCGCGACAUCUACGUACACGCGCUUGAUGAUGUAGACGAUGACUUGCCCCUGCAGCGAUGCAACCGUCUCUUUGCCCACCCAAAGCAGGUGAAGGACAAAAGUAGAUCAGGCCGUGACAAAGAUACGGGAAGAUCGGCACGCAGCCGAUACACCAGCGGUGACCAUGCUUCCGAUUUGCUGGAGAUAUACCCCAGUCUUGUCGAGGCACUGCAGAAGCGCGUAGUACUCGUUAUCGAUGCGGUUGACGGUCUGUCCGAAGCCGACCAGGCAAAGAUAGCUGAGCAUCUGAUUGAGCUCAGCAACGUGCCUAGUAUUUGUGUCCGUACUCUCCUUUUGUGUCGACCAUCGAGCCCGAUACGAAUCAAGAUGGUCGAUGAGAACGUGUCCCAGGUAUUGAUGGGAGACCACAACGAAAGAGACAUUAAACUUGUCCUCGAGAAAGGGCUGCAGAUGAUACCCGGUCUCUUUCUGACGGAAAAGACCGAGAUCGAACAUGCUGUCAUGCAAAAGACGGGGCAUCGGAUCCAAUAUGUGGAGCAGGUAGCGAUGCCGUUUCUACGUACCCCCAUACAGCGACCGGUCGCUACUUGGCUCAGGGACCUGCCAGAGAACGUUAACGAGACAUACCAUCAGCAUCUACACCAGCUCGCUCCCAGCUAUCGCCAUCUUCUCCGGGCAGCUUUGGCCUGGACACUGGUGGCGCAAACGCCGCUUCGGGUCGAGGAGAUCAUGGAGGCAUAUUCACGUGUGUACCUGGAUGGCGACGCAAGCGAGGAGCAGAGCAUGGCGAACACGGACCCCAGUUUGUACCGUGAACAGAUCCAAAAGGCUGGAGGACCGUUCCUUGACAUCCGGGAUAAUCGGUUUGUGGUGCUGCAGGAUUCCCAAGCGGUCCGCAGCUUCUCCAUCCCAGUACCGGAUGUGGCUACGCAUGGCGUAGACGACCGAUCGUUAUGCGCGAAAUGUAGGACGGCCCUGCAGGCCAAUGAGACGCUGAACAUAUCAGAAAAGCAGGAGCAUUUAGCCAUGGCCAUUAUCUGCAUGAAACAUCUGAACUCUCAUUCAUUUCAGUCUCGCUUCUUUUCUCUGUCGCUCGGAGAAGUAACGUCGCGGGCUCAGAAGAAGUUGCAGGUCGACGAGAGCAACUCCAAUGGAAAAGCGGAGAAGGAAAACGCGUUGGACCCGUCGAGCGGUAUUGAUUCGUCAGGUGGACCCCCAGGUUUAAACGGCCAACCCGGAGACGAAACCUCACAAGUACAAGACACUAAGGAGUCUCAACCGGAAGAGGAGGCGGACGAUGACGACUCGACGUUUUCGGAUCAAGAUAAGGAGGACUUCGACCAGCCGGUCAAUGAUUGGGAGUGGUACGACGAUAAUGGAAAUCGCCACCGUUAUGAGGUAACCGGCUGGUACUACCACGUGCAGGAAGCCGAGCGCCUAUGGCCACCGAGCGAGAGAAAAGAGAGCGCCGAAUGGCAGGUGCUUUUGGACGAAAUGGAGCGCUUCUUCCUUCUCGAACCAGUGGCGUUCGAAGUCUGGAAACUAGCCUACGUAUGGUACAGCCAUGAGGCAUGGGAACCUCUUCUAUUUGCCGCAGAGUACGGUCUCACGAGUCUCGCCGAGCUGCUACUCGAUCGGGGAGCCAAUGUGAUGGAUCUCUCGCCGGAGGGUUAUAGUGCCUUACACGUUGCUUCAGAGGCCCCAAACCCCCUCGAGAUACUGCGCUUGUUCCUAAGCCGAGGGGGUGACCCAAACUUUGAAAGCUCAAAAAUUCCAGCUUUUCACGAGUGGCUGACGUUUAGCGCUGACGUGGAGUGUGUCCAGGAGCUUCUACGAAGCAACGCAUCGUGCUCAAUGCUCAAUCGCAACCAUCAGUGGAAUGCGCUACACUAUUUCGCUCAGUAUGGCUCGGACCGUAAGGUCCUGGAACUCCUCCUGGAUAACCCCCUGAACGCAGAAAAUCGGGCAGAUAUCAACAUACGAGAUGGAAUUGGGGAAACCCCCUUGCACAAAUUGCUCCGCCGCCAAGAGAUUCCGAUCGACCUCCUCGAAGAUUUUUUGAUGCGUGGUGCCGACGUCAACGUCGAGGACAAGGCCUCGGAGCGGCCCCUUUACGAGGCUGCGAGCUGGGGCGAAAAUGCAGCUAUUAAGGCCAUUAUCAGCCGAGUGACCGAUGUGGACGAUGACAACAAUUGGGGGCGAACGGCACUGCACGGCGCAGCGGGGGCUGGUCAAAAGGAGACAGUGGAACUGCUCUUGGACCAUGGCGCUGAUGCCAACCGCACGGAUAAGCAUAAUCGGACACCGCUCCUGUUUGCGUGCCUUACGCACAUGCGCGAUUUCUUGCAGGGAGGUAGCCAUCAAACGACCGCUGAACUACUCGUUGAGAACCAGAUUAGGCACGGCGCAUCCUUCCGCGAGAUAAAUGCCUGUACGAAGCGCGGCAGAACGCCCUUACGCGAAGCCGCCGGCAGAGGAUUCACACAGGUCGUGGCCGCCAUCCUUCAACAGAUGACGCCCGAAGACAAGGAGUGGAUAAACAAACGGGACGAUCGAAAAGGCCGUGCCCCACUCCAUUCUGCGGCUACGCAUGGCCGGGGAGAGGGGAUUGCGCUACUCCUGCAAUACGGCGCUGAUCCGAGCCUCCGUGACGGCGAGAAUGGCACGGGCAUGACUAGCCUUGAGCUGUGUUUAGACCGAUGGUCGAUUGUAGGCUCUCGGCGCUACGAAACAGCGAUUGUGCAUCUCGUAGGCGCCUCUGAAAAUGAAGCGAAACAGAACAGUCUUCUUCUGACAACGGCGGCCAUCCACGGCAGUGUCCAGGUCUUAGAGAAGCUUGCGCAUGUUGGGGUAAACCUGGACCUGCCCGACGCGUAUGGUUGGACACCCAGCCAGCUCGCAUCACAGUUUGGCCACGCCGAGGCCGCACUAUUUAUUAAAAAGUCGCUGGCAAGGCGAGCUCUGCGGCCAACGCGAUGGACACUUGGGAGCGAUUCGAAGAAAACGACGUUACAGGAUAAUGGCCAGUGGGUAAGCCAUCAAGGUGACCUAAGAUUGUCUAUCUUGGCCGAUCAUCCAGUCCCGGCAGGGUUAUCCGUGUACUAUUACGAGAUCGAGAUGCUCGACCCCGAGACGGGCAAGUCUCACGACACGCCGACUGCUGGCGAUGAAGCAAUGGCAAUAAUCGCCCUUGGUUUCUGCACCUCAUCUGCUAAAUUAAUCGAGUUUCCUGGGUGGCCGCCGAAACCGAUUGCCCCCAACGUACAGUCAUGGGCGUAUCACGGCGACGACGGUGGGUUUUAUGCGUCCGACGAAAAGAAGUGGCCACGGCAGUAUGGAAAGCACUAUGGGCCAGGCGAUACAGUGGGCUGUGGAUUGGAGGUAGAUUCGCAAAGAAUUUUCUUUACCCGCAACGGCGUUCAUAUUGGUAAGGGGGGCCUUCCUAAUCCCUGA